AUGAUGGCGUCGCAGCGGCCUAUGUUUACCGCUAGCUGGACCCAAACUUUCACAUAUUUACUUGGCGUGUGUCCUUUCUCAAUUGCAUUCUUGGUCUUCAUCAACUCAUCCAUCUCAUUCGUUGUCACCGACUUGAUUGGCGUACAUGAUGGGGAGGGAGAUGCCGUAGGUACCCUAGGUUUCGCCGAUGAGCUACUUGCCUUGGCCGCCUGUCCUCUAUGGGGGGUGCUUUCGGACACCAUCGGUGUCCGCCAGGUAUGCACAGCUGGCUACAUUAUCAUUGCUCUUGCGCUAGUCCUGUUUGUUCAAGCAAAGAACAUCUACCCUCAGCUUCUCCUCGGAAGGUUACUAUUCAGCCUAGGAGGUGCAGCGGUCUCAACAAUGGUUACAGCCGUCUUGCCCGUCGUAACCGCAAACAAGCUAAACCCUCCUGUUGAAGAGACCGACCUAGAGUCAAGGGUCAGCGCGCCCUCGUCCAGGUUGGCAGGGUAUGUCGGGAUGUGCGCGGGAUGUGGAGCUCUGAUCUCCCUAGGCAUUCUUUUGCCCCUUCCAGCUCACUUUCAACAGUUGGGAUUCUCGCCUCCGGAAGCUAUCCAGUACAGCUACUAUACGGCGGCCGUUGUGGCCCUUCUUAUUAGUGUUGCUUGCUUCAUUGGCCUCAGGGAUCUGCCAGGGGAAGAUAGCAAGGCCUGGACCUCACUCUGGAGGGCGUCGCUUCAGGAGACGCAAUCGAGCCGGACCAGGAAACAGUCGAUCUCAGCCUUGAUCAAGACCCGAAUGCCGUACCUGCACCAAUUCGGCUCCGCGAUUGCGCUGGGAUUUCACAACCGCGACAUCCUCAUCGGUUACCUCGGAGGGUUCGUAGCGCGAGCCUCAUCUGUCGGGAUAUCCCUGUUUAUCCCUCUUUUUGUGAACAGCUACUAUCUCAGGACGGGCCUUUGUGAUGGGCAGCCUUCAGAAGAGGCCACCCCAGGGGACAUCAAGCAGUCUUGUCCCAAGGCAUAUGUGCUUGCUGCAAUUCUGACUGGCGUGUCUCAGCUCGUAGCACUACUCGCAGCUCCGGCAUUCGGUUAUUGGUCCGAAAAGUCUCGCCAGUAUCAUCUACCGCUUCUUACGGCUUGUGUUGCAGGUGUUGUCGGCUACCUGGUACUCGCGCUUCUACGCAGUCCAGAAUUCCAUGGCGAGAGGGGAAACCCGGGUAUAUUUGCAGUGAUGGCACUAGUUGGGAUCAGCCAGAUCGGUGCGAUUGUCUGCAGUUUGUCGGUACUCAGCAACGGCAUUCUGAGCCUAGCAAUCCCGCCUGAGGAAGACGUCACCGCUAUUGAAACAGACAACGCGCAUGUUUCGGGUACGGUCCGAGAAUCUGAUGAAGAAGAGCCCCUGCUCGCUCCACCCGCUGGUCGAGGUCGGCAACAGCCCACGAAUCUGAAGGGAUCCAUUGCAGGAGUCUACUCCUUGUUUGGAGGAGCGGGAAUCCUUUUACUCACCAAGCUCGGCGGGUUACUAUUCGACGUUCUUUCUUCAAGUGCCCCGUUCUACAUCAUGGCUGGGUUCAACGGCGUAUUGGUAAUCGUUGGCAUUGUUAGUGGCUUGGCCAUCCACUUGAGAAGCUGA